AUGAAUCCGUUGAACCAAGGCUCCUCAAGUUCAGCUCCUCCUGUUGCAAAUGAUCUCGUGGUCGUGGAGAAGACAGAGAGAGAUCAUCCGAACACGGACGAUAAUCAAUGGAUCCUUUGUGUAGAACCGUUGAAUCAAAUCCCUCCAAGCUCAUCUCAUCCUGUUGUUGCAAAUGAUGUCGUGGAGAAGAAAAAGAGAGGUCGUCCGCGCAAAGAAAAAUCUCAAAGAGUGACUACAAACACGGACGUUGAUCUGAUUGGUCAGACGGUUUAUGGUGUGGUGGAAAGAUCUAUCGACGCGGGAUACAUCCUCAAUGUCAAGGUGAAAGACAGUGACACGAACCUGAGAGGUGUCGUGUUCCUGAAGGGGAAAGUCGCUCCAGUAACUCCUGAAAACGACGUGGCUCCUCAUGUUAAAAUGUACUCAAAAGAAGAUAACAACCAAACUGGUCAUCCUCACUCUGAUCAAACUCCUAAUGAUCAACCAAUGACAGAUGAUGUCACUGACGUGGAGAUCUCUGAAUCUGCGGGUGAGAAGGCUCUAGUGAUUUAUCAGAGCAAAGGCGUGGAAGAAGAAGCAGGUCCAUCAAGUUAG